AUGGGGUCCCCUUCCACAAGGGCCUCACCCAGCCCGGGUCAAAGGAGAGCGGCGGGGGGAUCUGGGACCGCCACGGGCCCCCCCACCUCUGCCACCCUGAAGGAGCUGAGAGCCGAGCAGCAGCUGGUGGUGGCUCUCCGGAUCCGUCCCAUCAAUCAAACUGAGAUGGAGGAAGGAGCAGGGGUCAUCGCCCACAGGGUUGGUGACCAGAUGGUGGUCCUGAUGGAUCCAACUGAAGAUCCAGAUGACAUCUUGCGCGCCAACCGAUCCCGAGAGAAGACUUUUAUCUUUGACAUGGUUUUUGACCACAGGGCGAGCCAGGAGGAGGUAUAUGCGUGCACAACCAAAAAUCUCAUAGAAGGAGUCAUUUCAGGAUACAAUGCUACAGUUUUUGCAUAUGGACCUACAGGUGCUGGGAAAACGUACACUAUGCUAGGGCUGGACUCUGAACCUGGCAUCUACAUCCGAACGCUCCAUGAUCUUUUUAGAGCUAUUGAGGCCACCAGUGGGGACAUGGUCUACUCUGUCUGCAUGUCGUACUUAGAGAUUUAUAAUGAAGUAAUUCGUGACCUCCUGAAUCCAUCAUCAGGAUUUUUGGAACUCAGAGAAGACUCUAAGGGGAGCAUUCAGAUUGCAGGAAUUACAGAAGUCUCUACCACCAAUGCACAGGAGAUCAUGCAGCUGUUAACCAAAGGGAACAAGGAACGCACUCAAGAGCCCACUGCCGCCAACAAGACCUCUUCACGUUCACAUGCAGUGUUGCAAGUAACAGUGAAGCAGUCAAGCCGGGUGAAGAAUGUGAACGAGGAAGUGAGAGUCGGAAGGCUCUUCAUGGUUGACCUAGCUGGAUCGGAAAGAGCAGCUCAGACACAGAACCGAGGCAAGAGAAUGAAAGAGGGCGCUCACAUCAACCGCUCACUGCUUGCCCUGGGAAACUGCAUCAACGCCCUCAGUGAGAAAGGGGGCAGUCGGUCCCAGUACGUCAAUUUCCGAGACAGCAAACUCACUCGCCUUUUGAAGGACUCCUUGGGAGGCAACAGCAGGACCGUGAUGAUUGCUCAUGUUAGCCCAGCCAGCACUUACUUUGAGGAGUCUCGAACUACCUUGAUCUAUGCGUAUCGAGCGAAAAACAUCAAAACAAGGGUCAAGCGCAACCUGCUCAAUGUUUCCUACCACAUUGCUCAGUACACCAGCAUCAUUUCAGAUCUGCGCAGGGAGAUUGAGCGCUUGAAGGCGAAAGUUGAAAACCAAGACAAGGAGAGAAAUUUGCUUGGUUCUGGCGCUAAAGAUGUACAAAGCAGAGAGGAAACCCACCAGGACUCCGAGGAGUGCAGUCGUCAAGAGAUGAACAAGCUCCGGAAGCAGCUGAUUGGGGCCUUCAAGGACCAAAUGGACAUGCGCCACAGUCUGAUGGAACUGGAGAAAACCAACAUGGAGUUGCACAUCGACACCUCCAGGCACCUGCUAACGAUUGCAGAUUGGGAACGAGAAAAAGCUCACCAAGCUUGCAAAUAUGGCAAGCGGCAUGCAAGUGAAAGAGACCAUGAAGCCAUGGAGGAGGAGGAAGAAGAGGAGUCCAGAGAGGAUUCACCAGAACCUCAUGAAGUAGUCGUAGCCAAGGAGGAAAUCAACAUGUUGUUGGCAGAGCAGCGAAAAACGGCAGCCUUAAAGGCAGAUCUGGAGCAACGCCUGGCCAAUGCCAAGAAGAAGGCCUCACAGAUGGAGAAGCUCUUGCCCAAGCAGAUCACCAGCGAGGACCAGAGGGAGGUGCUGCGGCUCCUCUGCAAGGCCCAUGAGUUGGAGGUGGGCAGCACGGAGCUGCAGGCCAAUGCUUUGUAUAAGGAGAGCCUCCUCUGCCAGAAGGAUUUUGUCAUCCAGCGGCACCAGCAGCACCGGCGUCUUUGUGAAGAGAUCAUUCAGCAGCAGCGCUCACUGAUCAAAGACCACAACGUCCCAGUUCCAUCCCCACUGGGAAAGCUGUAUCGGCUGUAUUCCCGCGAAUUAGAGGAAGGGACCCUAAACCGGCUGCUUGCGUUUCACUCACUGAUGUCCAGUGCAAUUCAGCAGAAGACACCAGGUGUUUCUUCAAAAAAGGGGGUCUCCAGGCUCUGUUCCCCAAUCUCCCACAACUUCGGCAGGAAAAAGUCCAACACAGAUAUUCCCAGCAGCCCAUUGAGCCAGGAAGCUCUGAAGGAGAUGGCCGACAGCACAAAACGGAUUGCGCUCGUUGCUGCCAGUCGCCGCUCCCGGGCCCGUGACAGACACCCCAGCAACGAACUCUCUUCCCUCCAUUUUUUGGAGGAUGAAUUAUUGGAGAUGAAGUACGCACAACCUAGCUUCACUCCUGAUCAUUACUCCAAAGAUAGCAAGAGCAUCGACGGCAUCCCGACAGAACCCUGGGGAAAGGAACAGCCAUAUCCCAGUCCUUGGAAGGAGCCAGAGAAAAAAAGCAGGAGGAAGAAAUUCUGGGAAAAGAAAACGGGGAAGAAAAGAUCACACUCCCUUGAACCCACCUCCCCAAUGGUACAUUUGCUUUAA